UCAGCUGUCCUUUGUGUUUACUAUUCUUCGUUUGUAAACUUAUUUAUUCUAAUUUAUAAUGAAUUGUAUUCACAAAAUAACAAAUACUUGUAGAUAUUUUCAUCGGUACGCAAGUAGCAUAUCUAGAAAUAUUGCAGAUUGCACAAUAUACAGUUUAAGUUCAGGUCAUGGCAAGUGUGGUGUUUCAGUCAUACGCGUCUCUGGUCCGCGCACCAAGCAUGCUUUACAAGCUGUGGUCGGUUCUUCUUAUGAGCCGAAAGCGCGUUAUGCCUAUCUCAAAUCUCUCUAUCAUCCUGAAACUAAAGAAAUAAUUGAUAAAGGACUUGUUCUAUGGUUUCCUGGGCCUGCUUCAUUUACCGGAGAAGAUUCGUGCGAAUUUCAAGUCCACGGUUCUCUAGCUGUAAUUGCCGCAACUCUGGAUGCUUUAGGAAAGGUGCCUGGUCUACGGCCGGCAUCUGCUGGAGAGUUCACCAAACGCGCCUUCUACGGUGGAAAACUUGAUUUAACCGAAGUUGAAGGGUUAGCUGAUCUAAUACAUGCCGAAACAGAGGCACAACGGAAGCAGGCUAUGCUGCAAAGUGUGGGUGCGCUCUCCCGUGUUUAUGACAAUUGGCGCAGACGUCUUAUACGCUGUGCCGCACAUUUGGAAGCCUACAUAGAUUUUGCCGAAGAGGAAAACAUUGAAGACGAUGUAGUGAUCCAGUUGAACAAAGAAUUGCGACGUAUUAUUAGUGAAAUUCGUAAGCAUUUGAAUGAUCAGCGGCAAGGUGAAAUGUUGAGAAAUGGAGUACGCACCGCUAUUAUUGGUGCACCAAAUGUAGGUAAAAGUAGCUUCCUGAAUAUGAUGUGUCAACGGGAAGUAGCUAUUGUAACGUCCAUAGCAGGGACUACACGGGACAUCAUUGAAAGUACACAUAAUUUUGGUGGCUAUCCUGUUGUAUUUGCCGAUACGGCUGGUUUGCGUAAACAAACGCAGGAUAUCGUUGAAUUGGAAGGCAUAAAUAGAGCAAAAGAAUGUCUACUCAAUGCUGAUCUAAUACUAUUGCUCACGGACGCCCGUGAACUGUGCGCAAAUAUAACGACCAGCAACGGAACAUGUGACGAAUACCAGUCUUCCUACCUACAGCAAUUGGAUUUAGAUGCUAGUAUGUUAACGGGCAAGCGUAUAAAAUUAAUAGCAAACAAAACUGAUUUACUCUCAACGACAGAAUUACAAAAGUUGAUGCAAGUUGAAAAUGUGCUGCAUAUCUCUUGCAAGCAACCAACUGCCAUUCAUAUGGAAACUUUUCUAAAGCACUUUGAAGAAAUGCUAAGCGAGCUCUGCGGUCAACCGUCUGCCGAAAACCCGCGCAUUACACAUACGCGCUAUCGUCAACAGUUAGAGCGUUGCAUCGAACACUUAAAUAUCUUCUUGGAUGAAUAUGCGCCUGAUAUAUUUCCUGAUAUAGCUAUUUCGGCACAAAAACUGCGAAAUGCGCUCAAAUGUAUUGAACGCAUUACAGGUCACGUGAGCUCUGAUGAUAUUUUGGAUGUAGUUUUCAAAGACUUUUGUAUAGGCAAAUAGCGUGACACAGUGAACUGACGGGCAGAUAAGCUCAUAAUGUACUUAUUUGCCGGAUAAAAAUCGACUAUAUUAUUCUAUAAGUUACUUAAACUGCAUUUAUAGAUAAUGCAUUGCAUUUUCUCGUGAGUGUGAGUUUUCAUGAAAGAAAGAAAUUAUUCGAAAUUUGAUAGACUUAUAGUGUAGUCAUGUAGUUAUAGUUCUUAUAUUUAAGUUACAAAAUAUCGUUUUGUAAAUUUUUAGUCCUCCGCGGUUUACAGAUGCAAUAAAUGUAAAGUAUUAUAAUGUUA